AUGGGUAAGAUUACUUCUAUAUCUUUGGAAGAAACAAAUCGAAUUAGGGCAAGUUUAGGUUUGAAGACUAUACCUAGGCCCACUGAGACGUCAACAGAAUCAAAAGAAGGUGCAUCUGAUACAAAUAGGAAAGUACGAAGAUCUAGUCAGCUAAGUUCACGUCCCUCCGAAAAGGAUUGUGCUUCUGGAAAAAUAAAUGGAAGCGCUCAAGAUCGUGAUAAAAAGAUUGGUCAACUAAAACAAAGAAUAUAUGAAUCAAAGGAAGCAGUGGACCAAAGAGCGACUACUGAUAAAGAAUCUAUUGAUGACUGGCUUUCCAAAAUUGGGAAACCUAUCACUCACAAAGAAUCUUCUGCUGAAAAUGCUACUGUACAUGAUGACAUUACGCAUCACCAUAUCCCAGUAUCAGAUGAACUGAAAUCUAUUGCUGAACAGAAAGCAGUCAUUUUUACAUUGAAAGAAACUUCAGUGACAAACGACGAAGAGAAUAUUGAUGACGAAAACAUAUUAGAGAAUGAGAAGCUAGUUCAUGAUAAACAGGAUGCCAAAAAUCUUAAGCUACGGCAAUUGAAUAAAGAUAGAAAACUAAACAAAAUCUCCAUCUUUGAUUACAGCGAUGAGGCUAAUGAUACAAACUCAAGAUCUGACAUACCAUUACACGACUCCUUAGUAAAUGAUAAACCAUUACCUGUUCACCAGUCUCUCCCUAAGAGGGUCAAAAUUGAAAGUGACUCAGAUGAUGAGCAACCAUAUCAAGAUUACGCACCAGUCAAGAUUAAAAGGCGAAAGAAGAAAUCAAAUCAAAACCAGAAACCGAGAAGAAUAGACACAGCGAGAAUGGUGAAAGUUGAUCUUUUGGAAGAUGAUGAGGAUUUCUCAGACCGGCCAAUUCAGGCAGUUGUCAAAGUCAAACAGAAACGCAGUAAUGAGGAAAUAACAGGGAUAAAGAAUUCAUUGGAGUUGGAAAAACUCGAAGGACAGCAAAGAAGCAAAGGAAUUCAUAUGUUGAACAAUAGUGAUAAAGGAAUUCUUCUGGAUGAAACCGAUGAAUUUUUGGAUUCUUUGAAGGCGAACGUUCUUGACAGAGAACCUGUUAAUGAUGAUUUGCCCAUAAAAAUCGAUUUGAAACCAGUGCAAAAAGAUAAAACGGGAACUAUUCCAGCAACAUUAGUCACCGAUAACGAUAUCACGCAACCUGAUUUCUCAGGAGGUGUGGCAGGAAUGUUGAACUUCUUGAAGGAACGAAAUAUAAUUAAGCAAGACGAUCGCCCCAAUAUGGGAAGCGACAGUAAAAAACACGGAACGGAUGUCAGGAAAGAGUUUGAGAUCUUAAACGGCAUUGUGAAUUCCCUUAAGACUGUUGACGAAAAGUUGGACUCCAAUGAUGUAAACUUUUCUGAGGACGAAUUGCGUAAGAUUAAAGCUGCGCAAGCGGAAGAAAUGGCAUUGAAAAUUCAACGUAUACAAGAGGAAAAACUAAGAGACUACAACCCAACGGUCGAACUCGCAUAUCAGGAUUCCGAGGGUAAUGAGUUGAAAACUAAAGAGGCCUAUAAACAACUUUCUCAAGCAUGGCAUGGGACAAAAUCCAGUAAGAAGACUUUGGAAAGACAACGGAAGAAAAUGGCGGACAGAAAGAAACAAUUGGAAAGAGACUCAUACUUGGGACUAUAG